AUGGUGUUUUUCUCGCGCGCAUGUGCUUUGUUGCGCUGCAGCUUCUUGCUUUCCACCACCACGGCGCUGGCUCCGUCUGCUAUUGCGGAUGCUAAUGCUAAUGCUAAUGGUGAUGGUGAUGAUGCUGAUGCUGACGACGCUUGUCAUGCUCAUGCUCAAGCUCAAGCUCAGACUCAUUCUCAUUCUCAUGCUAACAACCGCUUACACAGAGGAGACGAUGACGCCAAUGACCACAUUGAUUCCGAUACCCCCCGCUCCGGUGUCGCAACCCCUCAGCCAGAUCUUUCGGACAAGCGCCUGCCAGGCAUUAUGCACAGUUACUUUGGCCAGGUAGUUUUGCGCUCUUGCAGCCUUGCGCUCCUCCGACCUGCCUUCCUUGAUAUUGCCAUUAUUAAGCACUCGCUCAACCCCGGCCGGCUGUUGUCAGCCCUCCGGGAUUUUCCAUUUGAAUUUUUCUUUUGGGAUUUUCUUCCCUUGCCCCGCCCCCCAAGCAUGAAACCCACGCUACGUCUGACCCCAAGCAUGGAGAAAUCCCGUCAUUUCCCCCCCAAUGAGCAGGCGGGUUUUCUUCGUGCGUCAGAGCAGUCGCAGCACCCCAAUCUGCUUCACCCCUACCCAACUCCGCCUGUUUCCCAGCCGUCUUCUCCCCACAAGCUAAAGUUGAGCGACACGAGUGACGACGAUGCUAGUCAAUUGCACGUCAAGAGAGCCUCCAAGUCUGCUUCUACACAUCAAAGAAGCAUCUCGGGACCUAUUCCGUCAAGAGCCUCCUCCACUUCCCUGUUACCGCUCCCGGGCAUUGUAACAAUUUCACAUGUUCAUGCUGCUCAUUUCUCGAAACCCAGCAAUUGCCAUCUAGCCACUGUACCCACAAGUACACCCCCUCCCUGCUCACAUAUCCCUUCCCAGUCUCAAGAGUCGUCAGCAGCCUCGUGUGAACGAUUGAAGCUAACGUAUGAUGUUCGGCACAAAAAGAGUAUCCCGCCAACCCCACGUGCAUUAUCAAACCAGACCAACACGUCAAAUACCAGCGGCGGCUCAGACUCUGCGCAAGCUCAGAAUGGCCAAAACGGAAACGAGCAGAAGGAGCAAAAGGAGCCGAAAAAGCAGACUGUCGAAAACGGUUUGAGCCAGAACGGCAAGCCCCCGGCCGCUGAAGCCAUGGCUACUCUAGCAACGGUUGAGGUGACUGGCGCUCCUGCCCCAACACCAAAGGGAAAACUCACUGUCAAGAUCACCGAGGCACGAGGUCUGCGGAAAAGUAGAGAGCCGUAUGUUGUAGCCGUCUUUCAGAGAAACGAACUGGUUUCGAAGGGCCCCAUACCCGAGGUCGAUGAUGAACCUGAGGAUACGUCGACUAUUCCAAUGGGGGGGAUUCCGAUCCAGCGUACAGCAAGUGAUUCGGGCCGUCCAAUGGCGAUUCCUAUGAAGAGCCGACAGAGUAGCAACACGAGCCAGUCCGACAAGCGUGAUUUCAAGGCCAAAGGCCGUCGAUCGUUCACGAACCCGAAAUGGGAUACCGAGGCUGUAUUCGAUGUGGUUGACUCGGAUUCGCGCGUCAAUCUAACUAUCUAUGACCAAGGGAGUGCCGCAGAGGAGUUCCUGGGUCACGUGGAUCUCGAGGUCAAUCUUACCAACGACAGCACUCCGCUUGCUGGUUGGUUCCCACUCUGCGGGAAAAAUGAUAAUCACACGGGUCUCUUCGGUCAGAUCUACGUCGAGAUCACUUUCCAGCGGAUAGAGAAACGACACUAUGGACCCGAGGAUUUCCAGAUCUUAAAGUUGAUUGGAAAGGGUACAUUUGGUCAGGUUUAUCAGGUCAGGAAGCGCGACACGAAGCGAAUAUACGCCAUGAAAGUCCUUCAAAAGAAGGUGAUUGUCCAGAAGAAGGAAGUCGCCCACACGGUUGGAGAGCGCAACAUCCUGGUCAGAACGGCAAUGGCGGAUUCUCCGUUCAUUGUUGGCCUGAAGUUUUCGUUCCAGACACCGACGGACUUAUAUCUUGUCACGGACUUCAUGUCUGGGGGCGAGUUGUUCUGGCAUCUGCAGAAGGAAGGCCGCUUCGAUGAGAAACGCGCCAAAUUCUAUAUUGCCGAACUUAUCCUGGCUCUUCAACACCUCCAUAUGCACGAUAUCGUUUAUCGGGAUUUGAAGCCAGAGAAUAUCUUACUUGACGCCAAUGGCCACAUUGCUCUAUGUGAUUUUGGCCUGUCGAAGGCGAAUCUUACCAAGAAUGCCACUACUAAUACAUUCUGCGGCACAACAGAGUACCUGGCUCCUGAAGUCCUUCUGGAUGAGCAAGGUUACACAAAAAUGGUGGAUUUUUGGUCCUUGGGGGUUCUUGUCUUCGAGAUGUGCUGCGGCUGGAGUCCGUUUUACGCCGAGGACACUCAACAGAUGUACAAGAAUAUUGCUUUCGGGAAGGUCCGGUUCCCAAAGGAUACUUUGAGCACCGAAGGGCGCAACUUUGUCAAAGGCCUUCUUAACCGAAAUCCAAAGCAUCGACUUGGUGCACAGGAUGAUGCUGAGGAGUUGAAGGUCCACCCGUUUUUCGCCGAUAUCGACUGGGAUGCGUUGGCCAAGAAAUUGAUUACCCCUCCCUUCAAGCCUAAGUUGAAGUCUGAGACCGACACCCAAAAUUUCGAUCCCGAGUUCACAAAUGCGUUGAACGCAGCUGGCUCACUCAAUGCUCGGGCCGCACUUCUCGCCGCGGGUGUGGAUACAUCAACCCCGCUUUCCCCGGGCAUGCAGGCUAAUUUCAAAGGCUUUACCUUUGUUGACGAGAGUUCUCUUCAGGAGCACAUGCAACAUCUGGCGAAAGAUGAUUAUGAUAUGGAUGAUGACGACGAACGAGAACGAGAAGACUGGGAAGAUCCUUUUGGGGCCCCGGAGGAGGGUAGGCGCGGUGAUCGUAUGAGCGGCAUUGUCAAGACGAACACCAAUGAGGACAGCAACAUGUUCAACGGCGAGCAUUUCGACAUGUAA